UAAAUCACCUGACCGUUUCCUGGUUUCUGCGUCGCUCCGCUCCAACGACGACAUGGCUCUCCAGCGGCGUGGGUCGCUCCUCUGCACCGCGGCGCUGCUCGUGUUGCUCUGCGGGGUCGUCGGCGGUCAGGGCCGGUUCAAGGGCUUCGGGAGCUUCCGGAGCAUCGAUGGAGGGCAGGACACCGGAGGGAGGGCCGUGUCGGAGGAGCUGUGGUUCACCCAGAGACUCGAUCACUUCAACGGCGCAGACAGCAGAGAGUGGAAGCAGAGAUACUUUGUGAAUGAAGCCUUCUACAAACCGGGCGGUCCGGUGUUUCUGAUGAUCGGCGGGGAGGGCCCGUCCAAUCCGGCCUGGAUGCAGAACGGCACCUGGCUCACCUACGCCAAGCAAUUUGGGGCCCUUUGCCUGAUGCUGGAACAUCGCUUCUACGGAAAGAGUCACCCGACCGCGGACCUCAGCGCCGGCAGCCUGCGCUACCUGAGCAGCCGCCAGGCCCUGGCCGACCUGGCGCACUUCCGCGCCGUGACGGCGGAGGCCCGGGGGCUGGCCGGCAGGAAGUGGGUGGCGUUCGGCGGCUCGUACCCGGGUUCGCUCGCCGUCUGGUUCAGGCUGAAGUACCCACACCUGGUCCACGCCUCCGUGGCCACCAGUGCGCCUGUCCGGGCGACGGUCAACUUCCCAGAGUACCUGGAGGUCGUGUGGCGCUCGCUGGCCUCCGAGGGCGUGGAGUGCCCCGUCCUGGUGCAGGAGGCUUCGAGGGCCCUCGUGGGGCGCCUGAACGACCCCAAGACCUACGACAACGUCACCAAAGACUUCAACUUGUGUUCCAAACUGCAGAUAAAGACGGAGAUGGACUCGGCCUACUUCCUGGAAUUGCUGGCCGGCAACUUCAUGGAUGUGGUGCAGUACAAUGCAGACAACCGGGGGUUUGAGGGCGCGAGGGGCGGCAACAUCACCAUCAAGGUGCUGUGCGGCGUGAUGGGCGACUCCUCCCUCGGGGAGCCUUACGCCCGCUACGCCGCCGUGGCCCGCCUCAUGAUGGACACCUUCUCCAUCAAAUGCCUGAACGCCAGCUACCAAAGCUACCUCAGAGACAUGACCGAUGCAUCUUGGGACGGGCCGGCCGCCGGGGGAGGGAGACAGUGGGUCUACCAGACCUGCACCGAGUUCGGAUUCUACCAGAGCACCGACUCGCCCAACCAGCCGUUCUCCGGCUUCCCUCUGGCGUAUCACGUGAAACAGUGCGCGGACUUCUACAACGUCAGCGGCGAGCAGCUGGCGGCGGCCGUGGCCCAGACCAACGAGUUCUACGGCGGCUACGACAUCCGCUCCAGCAGGAUCGUUCUGCCCAACGGCUCCAUCGACCCGUGGCACGCCCUGGGCGUCACCCGGGACAUCACGCCGGACCUCCCCGCCGUGUUCAUCAAGGGGAAAAUGCACCACCGUUUUUAUUUGGAUGUCCAAUCAGCGUUUGAUGGACAUAAAUAGUCGAAAACUUCUGCCGAAAUCCUGCUUAGACUAGUUCUGGUUACAGAACAGCCCAUUGUGCCAACAUGUACCCUGCCAGGAGCGAGGAUCUCCCCCAGCUGGCUCUGGCCCGGGAUCACAUCUUCUUGCUUCUCCAGAAGUGGCUGAAGCAG